GGCGGCGGGGGUCACACCGAGGAGGAGCCGCGGGGGCUUUCGGGAGUUGUAGUUCCCUGGAGCCGCGGGGCAUGCCGGGAGUUGCAGUUCUCUCUGCGGCAGGACGUGACGGGACGCGGAGCACCACCAUGCCCUGUCCCCGCCGGAGCCGCCCCUGCCCCCCGUGAUGAUCGUGCAGGCCAGGCUGUUGGCCAGGGGCAGGAUGCUGCCCCAGCCCUGGCGCCUCUUCUCCCGGGCCGCCGAGGACGGGGCACUCCGGAGGAUCCGCAGGGUGCUGUGCGUGGCUGAGAAGAACGACGCUGCCCGAGGGAUCGCCGAUCUGCUCUCCAACAGCAGGAUGCGGCGGAGAGAAGGGUUUUCCAAGUUCAACAAGAUCUACGAAUACGACUACCAGAUGUUUGGCCAGACCGUUACCAUGGUGAUGACAUCCGUGUCAGGACACUUACUGACUCACGAGUUUAAGAUGCCAUUUCGCAAAUGGCAUAGCUGCAACCCUUUAGCUCUUUUUGAUGCUGAAAUUGAGAAGUAUUGCCCUGAAAAUUACCUGGAUAUCAAGAAAACCCUUGAGCGAGAAAUCCGGCAGUGCCAAGCCCUGGUGAUCUGGACUGACUGCGAUCGGGAGGGGGAGAACAUCGGCUUCGAGAUCAUCCACGUGUGCAAAGCGGUCAAGCCAAACCUCCAGGUUUUCCGAGCCCGUUUCUCGGAGAUCACCCUUCAUGCCGUCAGGUCAGCCUGCGAGAACCUCACCCAGCCGGACCAGAGGACGAGCGACGCCGUCGACGUCAGGCAGGAGCUGGACCUCAGGAUAGGUGCUGCCUUCACCAGGUUCCAGACGCUGAGGCUGCGGAAGAUCUUCCCCGAUAUUUUAGCAGAUCAGCUGAUCAGCUACGGUAGCUGCCAGUUCCCAACGCUGGGAUUUGUAGUUGAACGCUUCAAAGCCAUCCAAGCCUUUGUUCCUGAAGCCUUCUACAAAAUUAAAGUGACCCACGACCACGAAGACGGCAGUGUGCUCUUCAACUGGAAGAGGAACCGGCUCUUCAACCACACAGCGUGCCUGGUCCUUUACCAAAUGUGUAUGGAGGAUCCGGUGGCGACUGUUGUUGAGGUGGCGAGCAAGCCAAAGAGCAAAUGGAGGCCCCUGCCCCUGGAUACUGUGGAACUCGAGAAGUUGGCGUCCCGCAAACUGAAAAUAAACGCAAAGGAAACCAUGACAAUAGCAGAAAAACUCUACACUAAAGGGUUCAUUAGCUACCCCCGAACUGAGACCAACAUUUUCCCCAAGGAGCUGAACCUCUCAGCCUUGGUACAACAGCAAACACAGGACCCAAACUGGGGAGCAUUUGCACAGAGGAUUUUGGAUCAGGGUGGGCCAACCCCUCGGAGUGGAACCAAAUCCGAUCAGGCUCAUCCUCCCAUUCACCCCACCAAAUACACCGCUAACCUGCAGGGCAACGAGCAGAGACUCUACGAGUUCAUCGUGCGCCAUUUUUUGGCUUGCUGCUCUCAAGAUGCCAAGGGGCAGGAAACAACUGUGGAGAUCGACAUUGCCAACGAGCGAUUCAUUGCUCAGGGACUGAUGAUCCUGGCCCGAAAUUACCUGGAAGUCUAUCCUUACGACAAGUGGAGCGAUAAGGUCAUCCCAGUGUAUCAGAAAGGGUCUCGCUUUCAGCCCACCACGGUGGAGAUGGUGGAUGGGGAAACCAGCCCUCCAUUGCUCCUCACGGAAGCAGAUCUCAUUGCUCUCAUGGAGAAACAUGGCAUUGGGACCGACGCCACUCACGCCGAGCACAUCGAGACGAUCAAGACGCGGAUGUACGUGGGCCUUACAGCGGAUCAGCGGUUCCUGCCCGGCCACCUGGGCAUGGGGCUGGUGGAAGGCUAUGAUUCCAUGGGCUACGAGAUGUCCAAGCCUGACCUCCGGGCUGAGCUGGAGGCUGAUCUAAAACUGAUCUGCGAGGGGAAGAAAGACAAAUCUGUAGUGUUGCAACAGCAGGUCCAAAAGUACAAGGAAGUCUUCAUUGAAGCCGUGGCCAGAGCCAACAAGUUGGAUGAGGCCCUGGCUCAGUACUUUGGAGAAGCUGCAGAAAUUCCAGAGCAGGAUGAGGUGUACCCAGCAAUGCCCGUUUCCGUUCGGAAGUGUCCGCAGUGCAACAACGACAUGGUCCUGAAGACCAGGAAGAAUGGCGGGUUCUACCUGAGCUGCAUGGGCUAUCCAGCCUGUAAAACUGCAGUCUGGUUCCCUGAUUUUGUGCUGGAUGUGACCAGGGACGAGAGCAUAUGUGAUGUGUGUAAACCCCAUCCAGUUCACAGACUGAAGUUUAAAUUCAAGAGAGGCAGCGUCCCGCCCGUGAUGCCCCUGGAGUUCGUUGGCUGCAUUGGAGGCUGCGAUGAGAUGCUGAGGGAGCUCUUGGACCUCAAGUACCUGCACAGACCAUCCCAGCCCGUGUCAUCAGCCGCCCAGCCACCACAGCACCUGCAGGACAACCACUCUUUGAACAGAUCCGGCGGCGAGAACAGGCAGGGGAGGGGGACCACGAACCCGGCUCGGGGACACCUGCUCUCCCUGAACAUCUCCAACAGAACAUCCCGGGACGCCGCUCCGGCGGCGGCGGAGGCCGGGAGCGACGCCGUGGUGUGUAACUGCGGCAGCGAGGCGCUGCUGCUCACCGUGCGCAAGGACGGGCCCAACCGCGGCCGCCGCUUCUACAAGUGCGGCUCCGGCUCCUGCAACUUCUUCCUGUGGGCCGACGACCAGGCCGAGGACGCCGCGGCUCCGUGGGGCUCUGCGCUCCCCCAGCCCGCGGCAGGGAGGGCCCCGGGAGGAGGGAGAGCCCCGGAGCCGUCGGGGAGCGGCGGUGCCGCGGUGUGCCGGUGCGACCAGCCGGCCGUGACGCGCACCGUGAACAAGGAUGGGCCCAACAAGGGCCGGCAGUUCCACACCUGCCCCAAGCCCCGGGAGCAGCAGUGCGGCUUCUUCCAGUGGGCAGAUGAGAACGUGGCACCAGGCCCUUCUGGAGAUGUCUCUUGGAACAACUUUGGCAGCAGUGAACACUCAAGAGGGUUGGGAAGCAAAGCCAAGAGACCAGGCAGCUUCUCCUCAGGAUCCACUGCCAAGAAACCACGGACCUGUAGCAUUUGCCACCAGCCUGGGCACACGAGGAAAAACUGCCCUCAGAACCACUGAGCUGGGAUGGACCCCUGAGAGCCUGAAAGGGCCAGUGUUGUGAGCUCCUCCAACUAUUGCCACAGGGAACUGGAGUCUGGAAACAAGUCCCUUUGAGUGUUUUUUUGGAAGAGCUGGUUGCAGGCUGUCCUGCCAAGGGUCGCCCAUCCAUUUACAGCAAGGGUUCCACCAGCUUGGAAAAGUGGUUCUGCUACCAGUGUCAGCUUUUUGUUUUCAGCUGCUCUUCUGCUGAGCAGAUUGGGAUAGUCUAAACAUUUCAGGGAAGCACUUGGAUGCUGAAUCUGCAGAGAGAACUGUGGUGAAUCACCCCCCCUGCACCAUCCUGGUGGUUGUACACGGCCUUUCCACAGGGAAGAGCUGCACUGGGGCCACUAGGACAGGCUGAGCUCUGCUCAGUCCCUGCCUUUCCACAGUGUGGAAUUUUAAGUUCCCCUCUAAGCUGAUGUUACCUAAGCACCAUUCCCCUCUUUUGUCACCCUCACCUGGGUUGUCCUUGCCAGUGAAGGAGGGCCAGGUGCCUGUCCUGAGGGAAGCUCAGCUGCAGCGUUCAGGAAAAGGCCUUCAUUUUAGAUGGUCGCUGAAUUUGAAACAGAGUUCUUCCCCAAACUUUGAGACAUGCCUUUGUGAUGCUGCUAGCUGAUGAAAGCUAUUUUUGUCAAACAAGUUUCUUAUUAAAAUACUAUUUAAUUUUUAAAUUUGGCGUGGUGA